GACUUUUAAUUUCUGCAUAUAAAGACACAUUUAGAAAGUUUAUGUUCGUCACCAAGGUUUGCUUCAUUUUGUUAUUCAAUGGUUAACCGGAGAGACGUGUAUGGGAAGGAGUAAUAAUGAUCUGAGGAAAGAGGAGCAUAUAAACUUCGUUUAAUUGCAGUAACUUUGCCAUAAACGUUUAUAGUGGUGUUGACUGUAGUCCGUAGGGGUGAGAUUUACUGUACAAGUUGUUGUUGUAUGUGUAUAUCAGUUUCGUAUUAUCAAUCCACGCCUACAUAUUUAGGUAGUAGAUUGGUGAUGAAUAGCUGACAUUCCAUUUUUUCUAUAUUCUCCAUUACUUUUAUUACGAUCCUAAUGGAAAUAUGUAUGUCAUUAUAGUUAUCACUUUCAUCCAUAUUGCACAAAGCACUUCUAUUCUUAUUUUCUAUUGAACUUUAUUAGACUCUAUCUAUGCAUCUUUAUCGUCUAUUACCAAUAUCAUUCGACCUGUUUGGUUUGAAUUUUUCGGAUGCUUUGGCGAUGUGUCGUACGACAUAAGCAAACUAAGCAUCCCCCCAAGCGCGUUUUGCCGUUGGAGGCAAACCCGCUUGUGCGGUGGUCGUGGAACCUACCCACGUGGUGCCGCGUACCGGUACAUCUUAACGAGCUUGUGGUGGGUUUGGAGGGAUGCCAUAGUGCCUUUAACGCCACCAACGCCAUUAGAACCUGCAUGUUUUUCGGCACCGUUGCCCCACCAUCCUUCUUAAAACUACGUGGAUGGGAGGAUAUCGAGCAUAUGCAGCUUCACACACCCAGGGAUGGCAACACGGAAACGCACGUGAACAGCGUGGGUAAGGCGAAGCGAGGUCCAAAUGUCGCCUUGUUUGGCGAAGAGUCAUUUCUCAAAAGUGGUUUUACAAAGUUACCAAUAGUGGCUCUGGAGAACUUCAUUCCUCAUUCCCAGAGCAUUUUCCGUACCCGUUUUCCGUCCUCAUGCCGGCUCGUGCUCGGGCACGAAAAUCUCGGGGUUGGGGCCAAUUUCUUAUUUCCCUUUCAUAAAAUGGUGAACACUUUUCAUAAAAAUACAUUGGAGGAAGAGAGGAAUGGGGACUCAGCAAAGAUACUUACCAAAGAAAUGGACGGCGAUUUGAAUAGCGAGGGGACAGGUGUUGAGAAGGUUGUGUACAUUCCGCAGUAUGGCACCAUUAGCUCCCUUAACGUUGUAACAUCACUUGGGAUUGCGUUAUUUUAUGCUUACUUGGAUCGCUACUUUCCCAACGCACGCACAAUUACUAGUGACAGCGACUCCAACAACGACCUAGAUGACGGAAAAAUGGGUCUAAAUUCAGUGAACCUAGAGGAAAAAUUCUCGAUUUUGCAGCACCGAAGGAUAUUGAACACAUUUCACUCUGUUUUUGAGGAGUCCUUGCCGAAAGACACGGCAUUAUGUGUUAGUGAGAAUGCCUUCCCUCAUUCGCAGGGACACUCAACGUCCCGAGUCGAUCCUCGGCCCAUUCAUCCUAAUUACUACCGAAAGGAUUCAGAUUCCAUCAAAGCAAUGCAUCACACUUACCGAGCCUCACUGCAAGCAUAUUGUGCGAGUGAGGACCUAAAGAGGGCGAAAUAUUCUGAGGCACUCCAAGAAGAACUAGGAGGCUCCAAGGCCGAAGCUGCUAGGUAUUUCGGUCUUUCUGUACUUUACGAAAACGAGUUUGACCGGCGAAACUUUGGAGGAAUCAUUCGGAACGCCAACGCGUUUCUGGUGGAUCAUGUUUUUUAUAUUGGCAGGCGAAAAUUCAACGUCGUUGGAUCGGUUGGCUCGUACCAUUACACGUUCCCCACCUUCCUUGGCCCCAUGCCUGGGGUAGAACCCCUUGAGGACUUUUCUCAGGUCCUGCUCCGUCGUGUGAAUGCAGUGUAUGGUACCAGCGCGGCGCCGCAGUUCUGGUUUUUAGACUGUGGACACCGUUUUCUCUACGCCGCGGACUUUCACGGUAGCUCGUCCUUUCCGGAAAGCGCCGAAGGCUCAACCGGUUUGGGGGCUGGGGAUGUCUUACAUAGGAGUGCUAAUCACUCAGAGGAUGACGUGAUGAUCAGGGAUCGAACUACUGUUGUUGGUGAUAUAAACCAGAGUUUCGGGGACGAUCACAGUAGAAGUUCUUUAGAAUCUUUACGAUGGUACUUUGAUCACAUUUUUAAGCGUCAGCACAUCGUGUCACUGUGCGACCGAGAAGAAGAGAUUCUAAGAUCUGCUGGCCGAACCAUCGACGUAGACCGACACGUCGGGCAUUCUCAUGAACGACCGGUUGUUCUGGUUGUUCCACAGGAGGGCAAACUCCCCAACAUUGAGGUACUACGACUUUGUGAGGUUAUUGUAACCCUUGGUCCUUUUUUUGAGAGUAGCGAAACACCUAUGCACUUAGACAAGGCGAAGGAUACAGCCUCGAAUUUUGUCUCUCGUGGACUUCCCAUUCAAGUUGCGAGUGGAAUAGCUUUACAACGCCUUUCUGCUGUGUUUUAUCCGCAGAUACGGACGUUGUGA